UGAAUAGAAAUAAAUUGAAAUAUAUAGAGAUAUUAUGAUUUGUCAAACGUUUAAAUGUAAUUUAGAAAUGCUAUAAUACAUAAAAAAAUGAGGUAAAGAAAACUUAAUUUACAAUGGUAUCGCAUAAUAAGCGAUAAUUAUGCGUUUUAAGUUUGUAAGAACGUUAUUAGUGCUUGCACUAUUAGGUAAUAUCAUUGUAUGGUAUAGAAUAUGGAGGUUAUUUGCUACACAAAACACUUUACGAUUGUUGACACCAAAUAUCGUUACUCCUGAUCCUCCACAAAAAUUUCAUCGUCGAUUAUCUCGAUUAGUAACUGUGGUUAUACGAGAGUUUGAAACUUUUGAAAAUGAUGUGACUUCAACUGUAGAAUCUGUAUUAAGCUUUUUUCCUACUAUACCAAUUUUAAUAAUAAGCAAUGAAUUGCCAUAUCCUCCAUUGGAAUUAGACUUUGCAAAUGAAAGUAUGCAGAACGUUAAAUUAAUAAAUUUGCAACCGGAAUUUAAUAAAUCUUACGAUGAAAGAAAUCCUCUUUUUUAUGUGCGAACAAAAUAUGUUUUAUUUCUACCUGAUGGUAGUCGACUUUCUACUAAGCAAAUCAUACAAGAAACUGUAACACAAGCUACAAAAUUAGGAAUAGUUAGUGUACCAGUAGGAACUGUAACUUUAAAUUGCAUUCAUAUAGAUUUAAAAGUGAAGGAAUGGAGUGUCAAGUUUUCAUAUAUAACUGGUAAUGAAUGUGAUGGAAUAAAUGGAAAACAUGCUACAAUGCUUGAAACUAAAUUAUUAAAAAAAUUAACUGAUCCUUUCUUAUUACCUUUUACGGAUGCAUUAUACAUUCAAACAACUGCAUUAGGAGCAAAGAUUCAUAUGUUAUCAAAUUAUCAUUUUAAUGAAGGAAAAUCAUUGUAUAAAAAUCAGCAAUCUCAAUGGAAGAUACAACAAUUAUAUCAAAAUCGCGAAAGAUCUAUGUUUGAAAAGUUGGGAAUUAAAAAAGUUAUAAGAACUUCCAAUUCUAUAGAAUGGUAUGGUUGUUCUAGAGAAAGUAUUAGAUGUUUUGGAUCAGUUGUAAAUGGUGUUCCUUCUUAUCUUUAUCAAAAUCGAUAUACCCCACCUUGUUGCCUCUCAGGAUUAAGGAAAGUUGCUCAUCAUGUAUUUGAUAAAUUAGAAGAAGUUGGUAUCAGAUUUUGGUUAGAAAGUGGAUCUUUACUUGGUGCUAUGAGAAAUGGUGAUAUUUUACCAUGGGAUCAUGAAGUACAAAUAGGAGUAAAUCGUGAUGAUCUUGAAAGAUCACCAUGGUUAAUUAAAGCCAUGAAUAAACCUAUUAUUGAUAAUCAUGGUUUUGUUUGGGAAAAAGCAACAGAAGGAGAAUUUUUUAAAGUGCAGUAUUCAAAAAUAAAUCAUUUAACUGUAAAUAUACUUCCAUUUUAUGUCAAAAAUGGUUCUAUGGUUAAAGAUGCAUGGUUUUUAAAUAAUAAAGAUUUUCCAGAGCAAUUUCUUCAUCCAAUGUCAAGUAUUGAAUUUGCUGGUAGACAAGUACCAUGUCCAAACAAUAUUAGGGAUUUUUUAGAAUUGAAAUAUUUUAGAGGUGUGAUUGAAAAUCCAGAAAUUCCUGGUAAAAUUUCUUUUUAAAAUUUUGUUUAUUAAAAAUUAAUCUUGUAAUACAUCAUAUACAAAAUUAGGAAAAUAAUUUUUUCUAAAUAUAUAAUUUACAUUAUCUACUUAAUAAUUGUCUUUUACUAUAAAUAUUAAUAUUGAGAUUUUACAAUCUCUUUUUAUGAUUUUAAUUUUAUCCAAAUUAGUAUAAAAAAUUGAAUUAGAAAUAUAUUAUAGUAUUUUCAAAUGAAAAAUAUUAUUUUCUAAUAUUUUAUAAAAUUAUAUAUUAAUUAUAAAUUAUUAUUAAUUUGGCUAGAAAUUUAGUAUGAAAACAAAAAAAAAUUCUAUAAAAUAUCUUUGAAAAUGUAGAUGUUAUAUAUUUUUUAAUAUUUAUAAUAAAUAUAGAUACCAACAAAUUUUUAUUAUAUUUAAAUAAUUAUUAAAUAUUGAUAAGAAAUUUUACUUUUUUAAAUUUCAUUAAUGAUAAAUUAUUAGAUGUUUCAAGUUCCUAAAAAAAUUAUUUAUUUUAAAUAAUUAAUUGUUUUAAAUAUGAUAUUGAAACUUGUAUUUAUAAUAAGUUACACAUACAAAAAUCUUUCUUCUAAAAAAAAUAUAAAUUUCUUUCUACUAAAGAAAAUAUAAAAAUAUUUAGAAAGUAAUAUUUUGUAAUUUUAAUUCUUUCAUAUGCAAUCUCAGUAUUAAUUAUAAUAUUAAAAAUUUUAUUUUUAUUUUGUUUUAUAUAAAGAAGUUAAUGUGCCAAUAAUACAAAAAUUAUUUAUUUUUAUGAAUAAUAUAUUUUUUUAUAUUUUUAUAUAUUAUUUAAUAUUUAUUUACCUCAUAUAUUUAAUAACUUUAAUAAUUUAUUUGAUAUAAGAAAACUUUAUAUAAUAUAAAUAUUUAUUUAAAAAUAAAUGUAACAGACACUGUGAUAGCCAGUGCUUACUAUAUUUGAAAUAUCUGCAUAUAAAAUUUUGUAUAAUGAUAAUAUUUUGUAUUAAGUUUAUAAAGAAUUUGCAUAUGUAUUAUUGAAUUAAAAUUUUUAAAAAUACUAAUUGAAUUUUUAAUUAUGAAAAUAUUAUAUUUUCAUUUAUAUGAUAUAUUUUCUAUAAUGAUUUUAAAUAUAUAAUGCAAUAUUUAUAAAUAUAUUUUUUUUUAAUUAUUAUUUUUUUAAAUAUAUAUUAAAUUUAUUAAAUAUAUAUUUAAUAAUAAAUUUAUUAAAUUUUGUAUAUAUAUAAAUUAAAUGUAUUUCUAAAAUUACAAACUUAUUCUUUAGAAGUAUUUAAAAGUAGAUUUAAAUUAUAUGAAAGUAUGUGGCAUUGUUAUAUGUAUGGAAUUGCAAAAAUUUUCAUAAUUCUAUUUAUAAAGAAAUAUAUUAUAGUAGUUUCAUAAUCGUUAAUAAUUGCUUCUAGUUUAGAAGACAUGUUACAGCAAUAGAUGAUAAGUUUAAUUUUAUAAAUUAUUCUAAAUUUAGUGCCAAUUUGUUUAUAAAGAUAUUAAUGAUAGAUAUGUAUGAUAGUUAUUUUUUGUUAUAGAAAAUGUUAAUAAAGUGUUGAUGUUUACAAAAAUAUAAAAA